GCUGGGUAUGAAACUACGGCAAGCACUGUCGACUUCAUACUCUACGAGCUAGCAAAGAAUCCUGAGUGCCAGCAAAAGCUCCGUGAUGAGCUGCAUAUGUUAGAUGGAGAGCCGUCGUACGAGGACCUUGAGGGCGUCCAUCGGUUAUUUUAUCUCGAUGCCGUCGUUAAGGAGGGUCUGAGGAUGUACCCCAUAGCGGUGCACAAUGUUCGGGCCACGACGGAAGAGGACGUGAUUCCCCUAGAGGAACCCGUACGUCUACCUUCCGGUGAUGUCCUACAUGAGAUACGCGUUCCUGCCGGUGAGGUGCGUCAUGCUCAUGCACACCUUAGAGGUAAGCGCUGA